UCAACAACAGCAAAUUCUUUCAUUAAAAACCAUUGAAUUUAUUAAUAAAAAUGGGUUUUUUAAGACUAGACCUUUGGCCUUAAUAUUGGAUUUUCUCUUAAUUAUGGAUAUUGGAAAAACAAUGCCUUUCUUCAACAAUCUAGAUUUAUCUGAUAAAAUUUGCCUUAUAACUCAAAUAACUUUGCCGCUCUCAAUUUUGUUGUCAUCUUAUUAUUCUUACACCAAAAAAUAUAAUACAGUAAUUGUGCCAAGUGGGCUUUCAAUGGCUUUUGGUUUCAGUGGAGAUUAUUAUAAAGGAGAUGAAACAAUAGCCAAGCUUUCCAAAAAAGUAUUUACUGAUAGUAUGGAACCAUUCAAUCGAGUACAGCUUACUGAAGAGGAAUACGUUCUCCUCCGUGCUAUAAUUUUUUGUCAUUCAUUUACUGAUGGACUGAGCAAACAAGGAAAGGAAUUGUUGUUAAAUGAGUCUGAGAAAUAUUCGAAAAUAUUAAUGAAAAUGUUACAGAAUCGCCAUGGAGAAAUUGCAGGUGCUAGAAGAUAUGCUGAAUGUGUUCAUUUAGCUGAAAUUUGCCUCUACUAUGGAUACCAAAAUAGCCUUUUCCUUAAUUAUUUGGCUAAUGUAUACGAGCGUGAUCGUUUUCAAAAUGCAAUGCCUGAAGCUUUUGUUAAUAUUUGCCUUAGAAACAGAAUCAAAUAA